CGCCUACGCGGUGAGCUGAGCAGGGCGGCGUCAUUGGCGGACCGGGCACAUUGGGGAGGGCGUUAGGCGAGAUGCCCGGCAAGAAGAGCCGUGUGCGCAACUCUGACCAGUGGGUGCUGCUUGCUCCAGAGUCUGCUAUCGAUGCACCAGAGAAGAUUGACUCUGGUCCUGUUUUUACCAAACUUCGCAAUCCUAAAACAGGAAGCGCUGCCUUGUACCUUUUUAGUAGUGAUUGCAAUCAGGUUUAUGAAGUGAAAGCUUUUGAUGAAGAUUAUCAUUCUUGGUUUAUCGGUCAGUCUGUUCAGCGUGAUGGAAGGCUUCUGUUUGUUACUCCUCUGGAUCCACUGUUUCUGGUACUGCCCUACCUUAUUAAUGCCAGUGAAAAGCAAGGAAAAUUUGAGCCAGCUGAUCAAGUAAUAAAGGAUGAAGAGUUCCCUAGAUGUGCCAGUGUACUGAAAUGUCCAAGAACUUUGCAAUCACUCCAUCAUAUCACUGAUGAGAAAGAAAUGGGUGAUCGAAAGUUUUAUAAGUAUAACAGAGAGAAAACCCUUGUGUGGCUAAAAAAGAAGGUUGAACAGACUGUUAAAGCACUAAAGAGCACUGGUCUCUCUGUCGGUGCAGGUAUUCAGUCCAGUAUGUUGAUCAGAAGUAAACAAGUCACAGAAGCAACGGAAGAGGAUUACCUACGAUAUGCUCAUGGUUUGCUGUCAGAUUAUAUUCCCAUGGGUCUAAGUGUGGAACUCUUCAAAUUCUUGGAGUUACCAGCUAUUUCAACCAACGCAACAUUAAAUGAACCACCAUCUAAGAAAAGGAAAUUGUCUGAUAAACCAGUGGAGGCUGAAGAGGAUUACACCAAGUUUAACUCUGAUUCAAAAGAGAAAAAGCCCACCAAGAUGACAGCUGCACAGAAAUCCUUGUCAAAAGUUGACAAAAGUGGAAUGAAAAAUAUAUCUGCCUUUUUUACAUCAAAGAACAAAGGAACAACCAAGACUCCAUAAUUUUUGAUGGAUUUUUUUAUUUUUAAAAAUGCAGAGUUGCAUAUUUUGCUGUUUCAUUAGUACUGCAGUUUAAAAUUAAAAAACUGGUUUAUUUGCUUUUGCUAAAUCUCAUUGUAUUCCUUGACAGGCAGGUCAUAGGUCAAGAAUCAUGAUGUUCGUGUUUCAAUAGUAUUAAAUGAUUUUGUUUCUUUAUAAGUUGUCUGAGAGCAUUUGUGUAUAAAUCAGGCUUUGCCUCUACCUCCAACAUUUUGCGGUCAGCUGUCGUUGCCUUAUUAUCAGUAUUUGCUUAUCCAGUUUCAACUUUCAAGUCAUAGUUUCUGGAGCAGUCAUUGCUCUUACUACUAUUUUCAAGAAAACCCUCACUGACAUUUUUCUUCCCCAUUCCCAUCCACUGGAUGCACUUGAGUAACUUUUAAGUGAAAAAUUCUUGCUCUUGCAUCUUUGUUGACCUCAUCAGUUUCUUGCUUCAUUAGUUAAAUAUUUAUCAUCGGGAAUUUUGUAAGGCUCUGCUGUAAGAAUGAUAUUUACCAUGUGCAACUUCCUUUUUUUUUUAAAAAGGAUUCUUUGUAAAUUUGGCUUCAAAAUUACAUGAAAACAGAAAAUGUUAGAAAUACUCAGAAGGUCAGACAGCAUUUGUAGAAAGAAAAAUGGAGUUAAUGUUUCAGAUUGAUGAAUCUGUUCUUCACAAAAGCAUAGUACACUGCUACCUUGGAUGCAAAGUGCAGGCAUCCUUCCUAUUCCCGCCCUGCAAUCCAGUUCAAAGAUUAUACAGAAAAGUGCCGCUAAGAUAAACAUGGAGAUAUCGUGGUUGGGUUGUUUGUGGGAAAGAGAAUGCAUGCUUUUCAGAAUUCCUCAUUUCUGCAAAAACAAAACAUUGACAGUAUUGGAAGGCUCAGGAAUUUCCUUUUGCUCCAAGUCCAUUUUUUGUUUACCUUUUGAGUUGCUCUGGUUGAAGGAGCACAAGUUUCUGAGAAGUAUUCAAGCAAUCAUGUACAUUUUAAUGGAAGGCCAGAACUUUAACUGAGCCAGAGGAACCAAACAAGGUUCCUAGUGCCCAUAAAAGGAUUCUGAUAGACAGGGUUUCAUGUGUACAAAUCAAUUUUCAUAACCUCCAGAUGACCAGUGCACUUUGCAGUCAACGUACAUGGUCUUGUAAGAAAUACAAAAUCCAGUUUUCACAGCAAACUUCCAUAUGUAGUAAUGUGUUAAUACUGGACUUUUUGGUUAGCUAUGUUGGGUGAGUUAGUUUUUGCCCUGCACACCAGAGAAAACUCUGCCCUUCAAAUGAUGUUUUGUGAUUGCUUAUUCCUAUUUGUGGGCAAAUGCUUCUAGCAGUGCAGCACCAGUGCAUCAGGUAUAAUUUCAAGCUUGUCUUUCAAGUGGGACUUGAAUCCACUCUAUUAUUGAUUGAACACCAUUGUGUACUCAACAGUUAUUGAAAUGUAGUGUUGCUAGGCCCUCCACUAGCUCAGCAGCUUGUCUGAGGUUGUACACAAUGGGGCAGUGCCAGUGUACACCACAGUGGUGCUGCUCCAAGAAUGUGUUGCAUUAAGAGAAAAUGGACUUUUCUCCCUUGAAACACAACUGAGCAAAUGUGAAAUUUGCUGCAUUGGAAGUGGUGAAAACAAUUGAGCAAAUAUACUUGAAUUCAUACUACUUGAUAGGCCAGGGCUGCUGGCUAAGGUGGCAUCAGCUCAGGGUGGUAAAAUGCAAGCUGAAGACAUGCCUGGAAGCAUUUAUGUUAAGGGUCAUUGAGUUUAGGACAGUGAGCCUAGGAAGACUAGAGUUGGUAAUCUGGAAGUGUACUUUGGAAGUACUGCAAGCUGGUAAGACAAUUGAGACAGUAUUUUCUCCAAGUUUCCCAAGAAACCUACCUUCCCAACUGGAGAUGUAUCUGCAUUCCUUCAUAACUGUCAAAUCAGGAACUCUCUGCCUAACUACUUUUUGACAGUGCCAUAACCACAUGGACUGCACCAAUUCAUGAAGGCAUUUAUUCAGAAAGCAAAAGGGAGCCUUUGUAAUUAAUCACUCAUGUGAAGCACCAUGCAACAUUUUACAAUGUUGAACACAAUGUGGAUUGUUCCCAUACUUUUAAGGUUGCUAUAAAAAUUUCAUGGCAGAGUCAUUUCUCUGACUGGUUAAAUAAAAGUAAGUAAGUGAUCACCUGGUAAUCUCUGUCCAAUUUGUUACCUGUCACCCUCCAGGUAGCAGUCCAGCAACGCUCUCGAAAGAAAACGAGUGUGCAAAGGUGACCUGAAGUAUCGAUUCAGUGAGUGAAGGUGUGGAAUUUGGUCUAACUGCUGUCAGAUUUAUUUCUGCAUUUCUCUUUAAUUAAUUUUCUUCGCCAUUACGAGCCUUGGCUGUGGGCUGCUGCGUUCUGGUUGCUAUACUCCUGAAGCUACUUCAUUUUCUGACCUUUCGAAUGAGACCUUGGGUGAUGUCAGCAGUAUGGAAAAUUACUAUCUUUGGUAAUACAGAACAACAAUUAUUCUUUUCAAACACUGACACACAUUCAAAGGGCUCUGUAAUCCCCUAAUUAUCUAGGAAUGUAUGAGUCCAUAUCUCCAAAUACAGAGCACACAUCUCCCAACCAAUGUCAAUUCCCCAGUUUUACUACCAAAAAGCCUGCUUAAUUGACAAAAUGAAUGAGAGUAUGAACUUUGACUAUUACCUUAACCAUUUACUUCAAAUAUCUCCCACUUGUAGUAGAUCUAGCUGAUCUGUGCAUUCCCUUUGCCCAACUAUCUUCAUAAAGUCAACCUCGCCUACAUCUGUUGCCACAUGAAAACAGAGAGAGCUCCCGCACACUCAUAGCCACAUUCAUCACAUUGUAAUUAAAAGCCAAUAUCCCGGAUUGCACCAAUGACAACUUUUAUGUUCCAAGAGCUGGACAAGCCAACUGGAAGUGGUAACACCAAAGGAAUCAGCCUGAAAGCAUUGGCCCUGGGUGUCCUCAAAGCAACUCUGGAUCCCAUGAAGACACAUGGCAUUAACUCCAGAGGGCAGUUUGGGCAAGGGAACCUGCUAAUUGCAAUGUGUUAUCCUCACUCAGUUGAUGAACUUGUACUCCAGUUUGAACACCAGUUGGAAGAAGCACUAGAUGUACUCCUCAGCAUCCGUCACCAAGACUGCUCAUCUGACCGAAUCCUGAAGGCACAGUGCCUCACAGCUCUAGUGACUGAGUUCAAGGCUGACCUCUGCUGCUGUCUGUGUGGAAUUCGCACAUUCUCUCUCUGAUCACGUGGGUCCCCACUAAGUGCUCCAGCUUCCUCCCACAACCCAAAAAUGUGCAAGUUGGUUGGUUAAUUGAUCACUACAGAUUGCCCCUGUAUGUAGGUGAGUGGUAGAAUCUGGGUGGGGGGGGAGGGUGGUCCUUGGUAGUAGCGUGGGAAGAAUAAAAUGGGCUAGGGCAGGAUUAGUGUUUCAAAAAGGUUGCUUGAUGGUCAGAGCAGACAGCGGGCUGAAGGGCCUGUUUCCAUGCUGUAUCUCUCUAUGCUAGACACAGCACGUGACAGCUACUGAGAACAAAUUGUCUGCCUCCUCACCUGCCUAUGGUUGUAGAUGCAUCUGCCCAUUGAUAGCACUGGUAGAAGUGAUUACUUCACUGUCCUUGUGGAAAGAAAAGUCACCUUCAUACUGAAGGCAGUUUCCAUCAUUUUAUGUGGUAAUUCCGCAGUGCUAAAUGGGAUAGAUUUAAAAAAGAUCUAGAAGCUCAAAACCAGACAUCCAUGUGACACUGAACAGCCGCAUAAGAACUGUAUUCCACAGCAAUCUGUAACCUUGUGUCCCAUUUUAUCCUUCACUCUGCCAUAAUCAAAAAUCUGGGGGGUCAACCUUGAUUCAGUUGAGAUGUAUAGAAGCGCAUGAUGGGAACACCACUAGGUAAGCCUGAAAUUGAAGCCCCAACCUGGUGAUGGGUCACAAGCACAAUACUACAUACAGCAGCAGCAUGCCACAGACAGAGCUAAGCAAUAUUACAACCUAUGGAUCAGAUUAUAAUUCUGCAUUCCUGCUACAUCCUAUAAUGAAAUGAUGGUGGACAAUUAUACAAAUUAUGAAUAGAUACAGCUCCUGCGCUCAAAAUGGCAGAGUCCGGCAUGUGAGUGCAAAAGACAAUGCUGAAAUGUUUGCAACCAACCUCAACCAGAAGUGUUGUUCCAUUGUGGUUCUUGAGAUCCCCACCAUCACAGGAGUCAACCGAUUUGAUUUACGUCAAUGUGAUAUCAAGAAACUGUUAGAAGCACUAAAAUUAGCAAAGUCUAUAGGACGGACCAACACCCCAGCUGUAGUGGUAAAGACUUGUGCUCAAUAACUAACCAUGAUAUCAGCCAGGCUUUUCAAGUACAACCACAACAAUGGCAUCUGCUCAACAAUGUGGAAAAUUACCCAGGAAUAUCCUCUUCACAGAAAAUAUUAUUCUGAUCAUAUGCUGCAAUAUCUGCCUAUUCCAAAUCAUCUGCAAAGUGGUGGAAGGUGCCUUCAACAGCACCAUUAAGUGUUUCUUUAUCAAUAACCUGCACACAAAUGCUUUGAUUGGAUUUUGCCAGGAUUACUCACUUCGCAACCUCACUAGAGCCUCACUACACAUGGCAAAAUAGCUGAAUUCUAGGCACCAGAUGUACGUAACUGUCCUUGAUGUUAAAGCAGUAUUUGGACAACUGUGGCAUCAAGGACCAUUAAUAACAUUGAAAUUAUUGGAAAUUGGGAGAGGAUCUCUUGUCUGGUUGGACUCACACCUGGUACAAGGAAAGUUAGUUGUGAUUUUUAGAGUUCAAUCAUCUCAGGCACAGAAUAUCAUUGCAGAGGUUCUUCAGGGCAGUAUCCUUCAGCCCAACCAUCUUCAACUAUUUCAUCGUUAACCAUCCCUCCAUCAUAAGGUCAGAAAUGAGCUUGUUUGGUGAUGAUUGCAGAGUGCUCAUUCCUUUUUCUUAAGUAGUGCAGUAGUCCAUGCCCAAACACAGCAAGACCCAGACGUCAUUCAGGCUUGAGUUGAUAAAUGGCAAGUAACACUUGUGCCACAAAAGUGGGAAGUAAUGACAGUCUUAGACAAGAUAGCACCCAAUCAUCUUGACAUUCAAUGGCAUUACUAAUGUUGACUCCUUUGCUUCCUUCACCACACCCACAAUCUCCCCCAAUCCCAUCCACACUUCAGGCAACAACUUUCUCACAAUACACUCCAACAUGUACCAAUGAUUAAUGUUGGACUUGUUAGCCUUAAUUAGUAAGUCAUUAUCUUUGCCAUAUGUAUGUUUCAAUUUCUCCUUAAUAUUUUAAUACAAUUAUGACUCUAAAAGUUCCCUUAGACCCACUGACAACAGCGGUCAUUUCCUUAGGUGCAGAUCAUGUGAUUAUGGGCUUUAUUACAAGAUAAUUAAGAAUGAGGAAAAUAUUUGGUACAUCUUUAUUCAUCCAGCUAACCACUCCUCCUCAUUGCUACACCACAUUGCUUUUUCAAUGUUUCCAAGGUUUUCUUCUUUACUGAUAAUGCUAAUGUGGCUGAAGCAAUUUUAAUAUGUAUUAUUGUGCCUGAAACUUUUUUGGAAAUACUGAUGGAAGCAGAAUUCAGAAGAGCUUUUAAUAAGAAACUGAUGUGAUGUUUGAAAGUAUAUCUAUUCAUGACAAUGUAAGGACAGAUGAAUGGGACUGGAAAUGUUACUGGUGUUAGAUGGGCUGAAUGCCCUCUGUCUUUUUAAGAGAACAUAUCUUUUGUAAAUCCUGUUGUAUGCUUGCUUUAAUAAAAACUGUUGAGGUUUUA